AUGGCUGACAGCAACGAAGAAGUGGGCGAGGAAAAAGUUUUCUUCACAGUCGGUGGCUUACCGAUCGAAGAGAGGGUGGUUCGAUGGUUGAUGUAUUUUGCGUUCGUUCUGGUAAUCCUGCGUAUAACUGGGUUGGUUAUCAAGCUGUUUUACCCGAUGAUAUCGCCUCCGUUUAUGCACAGGUUUGCAAAGAAGUACAAUCGCCAGAUGGGCCAUGUCAAAGCGCUACUCUUUUCUGACUUGGCGCAGAUCAAAGCAAAGAAUGGCGGAAAACUGACCAUUCUGGAAAUCGGUGCAGGAAGCGGUGCUAAUUUUGAGUUCUACCCGAAAGGAACGAAGGUGAUCGCAAUCGACCCGAAUAAAAACUAUCAAUCGUAUCUGGAAAGCAACGUUAAAAACUCGCAGGCGAAGCUGGAAGCAUUCAUAGUUGGGAGAGGGGAAAACCUUUGCGAUGUUAACGAUAACUGUGUACCAGUUGUCGUGUCUACACUCGUCAUGUGUGUGGCUAACGACCCUGAAGCGUAUGUUAGAGAAAUAAAACGCGUUCUCAAACCGGGAGGAAAGUUCUACUACAUGGAGCAUGUGUCAGCUUCUAAGAAUAGCUGGACUCAUUUACUUCAACGCCUGAUGAAUCCUUUUUGCUCGUUCCUGUCCGGGGAAAAAUGCGUCUUAACUCGGAAAACAUGGCAGUAUAUCGACGAAGCAGGGUUUUCAAGGCUUGAGUACAGUCGCUUCUCAGCUCCUUUGUCACGACAUUCACAGUGCAGAAACCACACUUAGUUGGAUUUGCUGUCAAAUAGAUCAUGCAGAGACUGUAUUUUUGCUGCAUUUAUUACGGUGAUAGCAGGGGGUUCUUAUCAUUUAUAAGUAUUUUACAAAUACUGAAAUAAAAAAAAGAAAUAUUACUUGUUAUUAA